UCUCCCAGUCGCCUGAUGAAGCUACUGCAGGCAGCGGAAAAACCAACCUGGAAUUUAUAGAGCGAAUAUUGCAAUCUGGCAAUGCGGAAAUAGAUGGACGUUUCAUGUCACCGAGUUGGCAUUCCACUCCUGGACUGAAGACCUGAGAGUUAGCGCCAGAGAAAAAAGGAUUGCAAUUCAGAGACAUAAUAUUCAACUCUUCUUUUUCUAUUGUUUAUAGUGGUUCUUCGGUGUGUUCUUUAUUUCCAGUGGUAUAUAGCGCCAUACUUUCUGGUGCAUGGACAGACGCACAGAGGAGGAUCUGUUAACCCCUAACCAUACAAAAGUGGGGUUGUAUUUCUUCCGGUGGAUCAAAGUAAAUUACUUUCAAAUCUUGCAUCAACAUGGACGUGUUGGCGAAUUACAGUAUUUUUCAGGAACUCCAACUCGUGCAUGACACUGGCUAUUUCUCUGCAAUGCCUUCGCUGGAGGAGAACUGGCAGCAGACGUGUCUGGAGUUGGAGCGGUACCUGCAGACGGAGCCCAAGCGUCUAUCAGAGUUGUUUGACGAGGAGCUCGACUGCCUCCUGACGCCUGCCUUCGUGGAGGGUGCUGACAGUGACCUGAUGGAUCCCCUGGACCCACUCCUCCCCAGCCCCCCUCCCCUCCUCGUCUCCCUCCCAAAGGUCCUACAUGCCCCACACCUCCACAACACCAAGGCCUCUGAAAAAGAGUCUGGAGCAAAGAUCACCAAGGAGGGGGUCAGCGGGGUCAAUGCUGCCCAGCUGAGUGCCGUCACCUCCCUCACGCCGCCCUCCUCGCCGGAGCUGGGCCGCCACCUGGUCAAGCCCACGCAGACUCUCACCGCUACAGCCGACGGCACGCUCACACUCAAACUGGUGGCCAAGAAGGUUGGUCUGAACGCAGCCAAGCUGGUGGCCAUGCACGCCACACUACCCUCGCCGCCCAGCAGGGGGGCACACAGUGACAGCGAGCAGGGGUCUGGGUCGCUGGGGGGAGAUAUCCCUGAGAACAAGAAGAGAGUCCAUCGCUGCCAGUUCAACGGCUGCAGGAAGGUUUACACCAAGAGUUCUCAUCUGAAGGCCCACCAGAGAACACACACAGGUGAGAAGCCGUACAAGUGCUCCUGGGAGGGCUGUGAGUGGCGUUUCGCCCGGAGCGAUGAGUUGACAAGGCACUAUCGCAAACACACCGGGGCCAAACCAUUCAAGUGUAACCACUGUGACAGGUGUUUCUCCAGGUCCGAUCACUUGGCGCUGCACAUGAAGAGGCACAUCUAAGAGAGAGCGAGGAGGAGAGUGGGGAAGAAGAGCGAGAGAAGGGAGAUAGGAGAGAAGAUGAAGUAGGCAGGAGGGAACCACACACCAGCUCCAGCUCUCACCAUCCCGAGGCUGCCCCUGCCACCUGAGACCUGACACUAGAAGCAUAGCAUGGAGGAUGACACGCUGGACGGAUGUAAGCCACGACCCAGGAUGGACCCAUGGUCAGCGAGGACAGACGGAGUGAUGGAGGGAAAGAGAAGGGGGAGGAGGAGCUUGUUGUUGUUUUUUAAUUCACACAUCUCUCUUUUAUUGCAUCCCCUGAUUAGCCAUGCCUUGGUCUGAUCCAAGUCUGGUAACUCAGACACUGCCAAACCAAUACGCUGAUCCAGUUACGACCCAUUUACACUCUACUGUUUAUUUACAUUUAAACUAUAGAGCGACUUGGGAAAGGAGAUGGUUCACCCAGAAUAAACUGAUCAACUUUGACAAGCCAAUCGUCAGUGACUUGCAGCAUCCCAAACCAACAGCAACUAUUGCCCGUUUUAUUCUGGUGUGCUGUUUCCCAAUCCUAUCACAAUGUUUUCGGGGUGUCUCUACCCUCACCAAGCCGUGUGAAAUAACAACAAUGCCAGAAUAGCGAGAAGAGAGAGACCAAUGGAACUAGUGGCCAAUCCGUCAGUGUCGCCCCCUGUCUGUGGGAGGAGGGUCUGACACUUCCGAGAGUGAGCUCUGUGACCCUGAUGCGGACUUCUCAGGCUCUCCUGUAGGAGGCGCUCUGCUCUUCUCUCUCACCUUCACUCCUGCCACCUCACAGGCAACAUCUAACAGAUGCGCAGCGACACUUUCUUGCCUUUGUUUUUUAAAGACAAUGAAUUAUUAUUAUUAAGAAUAAAGGUCUGUUUUCUCUGAAAUGUCUUAAAAAUUCACUGAAGGAAAAAAACGAAAACAGUUUAUGUACAAACGAAGAACAAUGUGCUCAUUCAAGGGAGGAACAACGAAUGAACUUACCCCGACCCGUAUGCACAGGCUAAACUCAGUAGCCGCUAUCUAGCACUGAUAGCUAAGAAGAUGGAAAAACAAAAAAAGAAAUCACAUAAACGCUGAAAGAAAAAGGAUUUGUAUUGUUGGCCUGAUAUUAAAGGAAAGGCUGUCUGUUUUCCACUCUGUGUUUUUCUCCGAUGCGAUCCAGCUGAAAACAAACCUUGGACCUUCGAGGCUUCAUCACCAAGCCAGGACCAGAACAGAAAACUGGAAAAUGUUUGCUUUGUUUGUGUGGAUUGUGGAACUCCACCAUCUCCCAUAGGAAACCCCUAUCUCCUCCAGUAUGGAGGGGCCUGGGAGGCUGGUCUGCUGUGACCACAUCCCCUGUUUGGGAGACUAGGGACCUGAUAGGCUACUGGACAUGAAUCUGGGUAUUAGAAAGGACAACAUGGCCUCAUCAUCCCAGAGGGACUUGCCUGUUUCGUAUCCAUUGUCCACACUGACUUUUUCAAUGUUAUCUGUGUUUUUUUUCAUACAGUACAACAACAACAACAAAAAAAAACUGAAAAAAUAAUACAAAUAAAAAAACACUCAAAAAAAUACUACACAAAAAAACCGAUUCCGUCUCUCUCACACCGUACAGGCACGUAGACACACCAACACACAGAACAGUUUGCUCAUGGCUCCACUUUGAGAUAAGGAAAAUAUAUGAUUGAGUUAAUGAACAGACUUGGAAAGCAAAACACUGCAUGGCAGCUUCUCACACUCGGAUCGCUUCCCGGAAUCAUUUGUUCUGCUCCAAAUUUUUCACAGUAGGAUUUUUAGCAAUUGUUGUUUUGUAGAUGAAGAUCUGAUUCCGCUUGAGGUAACGGCUUUGAAGUGAGAAAACGAGCUCAUUCUCAUGUUCAAACAAUCUCAGUCUCUGUAUGUUAACAAUCAGCUUCAACAGCAUGGGACCAGAUUCCUCUGCCCCAGGUCUAUGAAGUCUUACAUAGCCUUGCAAUCAGGGCAUUAAUACCAAUACCACUGUCACUAUUACUGUACCCACAAACUUCCCCCCUCACAUAAACCCUGGCCUCCUCACAUCAGUUGUAAUGGCUGCUGUAUCAGAAAAGAUGCCAUUACUGUCUAUAUAGUAAUGUGUAUGUUUCAGCCUUGCCAGACUCUCCUAGACGGUCCCAGAACUGCCCUCAUGGGGGCCGGUGGAGCUCAGAACAAUCGAUACCAAAAACCUCCAGCGCGGAACUGCCCUCGAGCCACGGGCAGGGUCUGGCAUAGAACACAGCGGCAUCUGGGAAGCCGACCGUCUCCAUACUAGGCCUCUUAAGCACCACCGAGGCAGCUUUCUCUACAAACACAAAACAAGACAACAAGACGAUGUAAAACAAGACAAGUCUCUCGACAACAAAGACGAUGUAAAACAAGAGAUUGACAUGAUCUUUGUGUUUUGAUUCCACUUUUUAGUUGGAACUUCUUCCUUGUUGUUUUGUUGUGGUUUUAACGCUACAAUUAUUAUUUUUGUUGCCAAGGUGGAUGAUGCAAGGUCAUGCCAAAAUGUAAGAAAUGCAGGGGUGCGGGUUUUGAACAACCCCCCUUCUAUGUACAAUCAUGUAGGGUUUGUUUGUGGCGCUUUGUGCAGGAUAGGCGAUGGUAUGUCUGAGUGUGUCCCAAUGCAAACUAUAGCACGGCACAUCCGUUGGAAACAUUGUGAAAUUCAUUUGCGUUGUGAGAAAAAAUACUACCAGUAGACUGGUGGCCAAACUAACAGUGUGGGAGACUGGGAUGGUACUGUGUGUUGGUUGAUCCAUUCACUUUAACAGAGCUUUCCAUCUAUCUAACAAUGGCUGACAAUCUAUCUGGCUGACAAUAUUGCUUUUGUUUUGUUUCUGACAUGUUAUUUUCUCUUCAAACCACUCAGAUCACGUUCAUCUGGGAUCACAGAGCAGAACGAUGGAUAACAGCAACUAGUAAAACUCAAACCAUACGUCAUGCACUUCAAUGGCCCCUCCAAUAGGUUCAGCAAAUGAAAACUCUUAAAACACUCUUAUGUUCUAUCAGAUGCUCACUUCUGGUUGGAGACUUUUCUACAGCUCCCGCUGCAGAAACGCCCGGAUACAGUAAACAGGAAAUGGAUACAGCAGACAUGGUCAUUUAGCCCGUAACAGGCCUACAUGCUAAAAAUAUAGCAGCACACAGUUUAAAUAUAUCCAAAUUAGCCCAACUUUAGUCCCCUUGCGUACGCACUGACCGAUCUCAAACCCCACUUAAAACGAAAAGUCCUAUUCUAUUUCUAUCCUGUGGCAUUCCCACCAGAAGUAGCUAGCUAGCCCUCUUCCCCUUUCCCUCGCCUGUUAAAACACUGCUUGCUGCCAUGGAGAUGCUCCUAUGUAGUUUCCUGGGCGCUAGUAUCCCACAGCUCUGAUUAGCAUUAGCGCUGCAGGCUGCUCUGUGGAGGCUCCUCUAGUCUCUCCAGUCGCACUCCACUAAUGAGAAAGGCAUUUGGUCACAGGGAAACAGAGGUCUAGGGGGAAAAAACAUAAGGGACCACGAGCCAAAAUGGUUUCAUUUCUACGGUCCACAGUACUGUUACGAACCCAGUGGGCAAUCUGCCACAGAGAAAACAAGAGUACAUUAGCAGCAGCUUAUCGUAAAGCUACAAAGUUAUUGAAGUUGAAGAGAUUUUUUUUGACAAAGACAAAAAUAGUUUACCCCUGGGAUUAACCAAAUGAUAAUGAAAUUAGCCCUGCUUUUUAUCUCAUGGAAUCUCUCUCUCCUCUCUCUCCCCCUCUCCCUCUCUCCCUCUCUCCUCUCUCCCUCCCUCCCUCUCUCUCUCUCUCUA